AAGUCACUGUUGAGACAGCCCAGCUAAGGUGUUUGUGGUCUGUGACUCAAUUCCUGUCAGAGAGACACGGAAGAGAAAAAUACUUUCUUGUCUUCGCUUGUCACGGACUUGGUUCUGCCAUCAGAGGCAGACGGAUCUAUUGAUAAAUCAGCAAUAUGGCAUCGAACUUCAUUCCCCUUUAUAUCCUGGGUGUGGUACUGAUCCUCUACAUAGUCAAAGCAGACGAGUAUAAUAAAACAGGGCUCGACGACAACGAUGGCAGUGACCCCAUCCCCACUACCACCCUUACUGCCACUCCUGCUACCCCCUCAGCCGCUCAGAACAAUCCUACAGUUACUACCUUGGUCCAGCCAGACUACCGUGACUCUAACCUUACCAACAACAUCACCGUCGGCAGUAGAGAUGGCAACCAAACCCAAGACCAGAACCAGAACCAAGACCAGAACGAAGAUGUGGGUGUUGGAACCUCGCGGGACGACGUGACAACGGUUGCCGCGGAAACCACGCCGUCGGGGGCGACCAACGGCCGAUCUGAGGAAGUGCAACUUGACGGUACCGUGUCGAAUGACGCGAUUACAACAUCAUCACCAGUGCUGAUAGAAUCUACUGGAAGAGGAAGCAGUGCUACAGCAGGCUAUGUAAUCCUGUUCCUCAUAUUGUUAGUCAUUGUCUGUCUGGUGGUGGUUCUCUAUUUCCAGAGGAAGAAGUCCAGGAAGUAUUCGUUUGACCUUGCGGGUAACGAUCACGACACCCCCCUCACCUGCGUGGAACAAGCCGGAACCUUCGAACCCAACGAGAAAGCCGGAGGUUUUGACUACGUGAUAGAGAGCGGUGGUGAUGACCACCAGGCUAUGGGCCCUGUGGCCAAUGGCUCAGCUGGGGAGGCGAGGUCCGCUGGAGAGAACGGAGAGAAGCAGGGUCAUGGUGAUAGUGAUGGAGACAGCUUCGACAACUUCUGUGGCCAUGCGAUCACGCUGACUCCGACCGUAAAGAGGGUGGGCUUUAGCCUGGACAUGAGUGACAGGCAGUCGGACAAAUCAGACAACGGGGAGCAGAAUGGGAACAACAACAACGUUGCCGUGGGGAUGACCCCUGAGCCGCCGGGCCUGACCUUUGACCCUGUAGGUCCAGGUGACGUCUUCACUGAAAUCAGCCUGGAUAUAUAGAAGACGCACACACAUUGUUGUAAAAUUGUAAUGUUCUGUUGUGGUUGAUUUAUAGAUGAAUGUAAAAAGCUUCAAAUAACUUUUACAUCCCUAUUUUUUAUGCUGUAAAUUUUUGAUACCGUAAAUUUUUGAUACUGUAAGUUUUUGAUACCGUAAAUUUUUGAUACCGUAAAUUUUUGAUACUGUAAGUUUUUGAUACCGUAAGUUUUUGAUACCGUAAAUUUUUGAUACUGUAAGUUUUUGAUUCCGUACAUUUUUGAUACCGUAAAUUUUUGAUACUGUAAGUUUUUGAUACCGUAAAUUUUUGAUACCGUAAAUUUUUGAUACUGUAAGUUUUUGAUACCGUAAAUUUUUGAUACCGUAAGUUUUUGAUUCCGUAAAUUUUUUUCGUAUUUCAAGAUAAAAAACGAAUGUUUAUAGUUUUUUUGUUAUUCAUUUUAAUAAUGUCUUACGCAUUGAUAAUAAUCGCAGGAGACGCCAAGUCACACGGCGAUUGUUUUUAGAAUAAAACAUACUUCACAGAA